GGUUUUUCAUGCUCUGGCUAAACGUGGGCAUAAUAUGACUGUCGUCAGCCCGUAUCCGCCCAAAAACAAGACGACAAAUUUUACGCAUAUCCUGCUGUCGGCGGAUCGUUGGGUAAAAAAUUCACCAAAUUCAAACAUGAUGGAAUGGUCUUUGUCGAAUAGAGUGGCAAGCAGGAGCGAAUGGAAGGACAUCAGUGACAUGAUCGUGCCGCAGGUUCUCGAAUCCACGGCGUUCCGCGACUUGACCCACGGCGACAACAAAUUCGACCUCAUUUUCAUGGAGCUUUUCUUUGCACAAGAGGCGUUGGUCGUUCUCGGGCACUUGUUCAACGCACCCAUCGUGACGUAUUCAUUUUACGGCUAUGAUGCGGACAUCCUCAGGUACUCCGGUGCCGCAAACGCUGUCGGAUACCUCCCGUUCAAAGAACUCGAGUACGCAGGCCCGAUGAGUCUCGGCCAAAGGCUCGAAAACGCUUGGAUUCAGUACUCGAACAUGCUCUACAACGAGUAUUGGUACUACCCGCAUCAUGACGCUCUGUUGGCCAAACACUUCCCCGGGCCGCUACCUCGCAUCACGGAUAUGCUCAGGAAUGUCUCGUUGUACUUCCUGACCGGAAACGCUGUCUUGGAUGGGGCUAAACUGUACCCGCCGAACGUUAUUGAGAUAUCCGGGCUACAUACUGAGGAUCCAGUUCCCUUGGAUGAGGAAUUAGAGCUAAUUAUUAGCCGAUCAAAGAGUGGAGUGAUUUUUUUCAGCUUUGGAUCACUUCUGAAAGCAAGUAACAUGCGGAGGGAGGCAGUUCUUGCGUUCUUAUCCGUUUUCAAGGAAUUACGUCAAACAGUGAUUUGGAAGUCAGAUUUGAACCCUUCCGAAUGGACUAUUCCUAACAAUGUCUAUGUACGGAAAUGGUUCGACCAGAAGAGUAUAUUGGCGCAUCCCAACUGCGUCCUGUUUCUAACUCAUUGUGGGAUAUCGAGCACGAUGGAAGCAAUCCGCUACGCAGUACCAGUUGUUGGGAUGCCGUUCUACGCAGACCAAAAUAUCCACGUCGCUUACGUAGAGUAUUUUGGUUAUGGAGUCCACUUGUCCUACAGAAAUUUAACUGAAAAUUCUUUGCGCUGGGCAUUGAAAACUGUUCUCGAGAAUCCCCGGUUUAAGGACAACAUCAGUAGGGCCUCGAAAGUGUUUUCAGAUAAACCGAUGUCACCGUUGAACACGGCUAUUUACUGGAUAGAAUAUGUCAUUCGACACAAGGGAGCGCAUCAUUUAAAACCGCUGGCGGCUAAGAUUCCCUGGUACCAGUUAUUCCUCUUAGAUGUUGUAGCUGUAUAUUUAUUGGUGUUUGUGGUGAUAAUUUAUCUCACAGUAAAACUACUCUUCUUUUUCCUCAGAAAAAUUGCACAGAUACCAAAAUCUUCAAGAGACAAAAAGAAAAAGCAAAAAUAAAACCGUGUCUUAUUCCGAAA